UGUAUUAUCACUCAGUAACAGCUGUAGUAUACAUAAAAAGACUCAAUAAGCUUAUAAGUGUAACUUAUCGCAACAAUGCCGCAAAUGGUGUACCUUUGGUUAUUACUGUUCAUAACGAAAGCUCUGUGUAACAAAGUCAGUGAUUACUGUGCCGAAGGAAAUUUUGUUACCGGUAGAAUGCAGCAGUUUCGGUCCAGUAUGUUUGUAAACUGGGAUUUUGUCUGAAAACUUUUCACGUGCAAAGCUAAAUUGGACAACUGUAUAUUAUGAGUGUGCAAUAUGAGAACUGAAAGAAGUUCAUUUCAACUCAAAUGAACAGCUAGUGCAAAUGAUAUUACUUGUAGCUGUAGAUUUUAGGGUUAGGAUCGGAACAUUCUUUGCGGGCAGCUGAUGGCCGUCCGAAGGAGGAGCAGAGCAGACAGCCGUAAGAAAUACAGGAGGCAAAGAAUAUUUACCGUUUGGUCCUGAGCCUCCUAAGUCCAUACCUGACGGAAUAAUAAUGCAGCAAUAAUGUUAUGCAUCUCCAAGGAGUUACUCGCCUGUCAGGGUUGUGAUCGACCAAGAUCAAAUUUCUAUGUUUCUGGAUCUGUUACAUUUCUGGUCACCUGAAUGUUCAUAAAACGAGUUGGUAAUGAUGCAAAGCCUGGAGGCUACAUGUGAGGAAGCAAAUCGACUAUUGCAGAUAGCAAAUAACGCUCCUCAGACUGUGCCUCGAACUCAAAACAACAGUGGAAAGGCUUUUUUCUCAAUCCAUGACAAGCUGAGAGAAAUCUAUGAAGAAGAGUGUGCAAACGACUUGCAGCAACAGAACAAGCACCUCAAAUCCUGCUCCUUUCUACUGGAAAAACUUGUUGCAAAGGAACAGCUUAAUACGCUUAUCAUUAAUCUCUAUCCUGGCAAUAAGGGAUAUUCUGUUGCUCUCCGAAUUCAUCCUAAAACUGCAGCAACUGCAACAAGCAGCAGUCCAAGUACAAGUGCAGGGCCAAGCAGUGCAAACAACAUGCCUCCUGCCACAGAGAGUGUUGUGGAGACUUCACGAUGGCCGUACCAUGCAGAUGAGCUGCUUACUUUCAUUGACAAUGAGGAACUACCUGUGCAUCUGGUGGAUUUGCUUGAAACCACUCACUCUGAUCUCUUUUAUAAUGGAUGUAUUAUUGCUGAAAUUCGAGAUUACCGGCAUGCAGUGCCUGGGCCAAAUUUUGUGUGCAAUACUCAUCAUGUGCUGCUUCGCCCUUCGAAUCAGAGCCUCGUAACAGACCUGAACAGUUUACUGGCGGAUGGUGAAUGGUCAAGGGAGGAAAAAGUAGCUCUCGAAAGCCAGCUGGUUCUGGCAACUCAAGGGCCUGUUUGCACUGAUCCAUCGCCAGCCAACUUCCUCGUUGAGAACUGGAUGCAAUACCACCGCCAGCCCCUCAACACAGAGUCUGUGAAGCGUUGUGCCCGUCGCUACUCUCAGGCUUCAAUAAACCGGAAGAGGAAGCUGGAACAGCUCUCUAGUGCUCCUCAGCAGCCUGUUCUAGACUUUGUGAAUAGGAGGAGGGCAAAGGCCCGUAACAGCAUUGCUACUACAGGUGCUAAAUUGCCAAAGAAGGUUUGUGAUGGUAAUCUUCCACCUCCUGUUGCUGCCCCUGUUUCUCUUGAAGAGGAUCCACCUGAAAUCAAAAUGCCUGAAGGUGGAGUUGAUGUACUUCGUUAUGCAAAGAGCUACGAUAGACCGCGGGAAACCUCUGAUGUGACACCCCAACUUGUUGAGGAAUAUAUACUUGAAACAGAACAUGCCCAUGGGAAAAUCUACUACAUAAAACUCUCGGUGUUGCAGCGAUUGUCCAACUCGGAAUACAUUGGAGAGUUGUAUGUUGAUAGGAACUAUGUUGUUGGAGAACGGAAUGGAGCAUCGUGCAGGUUUGUUUUGGGAUCAAGGGCAUUUGCAAACAAAUACAUUCAGCAGUUUACGGAGAUCUUCACGGAAGAGGGACGCAAAUCAGUACGCAUCACCCACAUUGUGCCCGGACAACCUGUCCGGGUGCGGUGUACUGCUGGCAUGGUCGAGCGAGAUGCAAAGGCGGCAGCUGCAGCAUUUGCUCAACAGAGGCAGGCAAGAGCUCUGGCUCAGGCUCAGGCUCAAGCACAAGCCCAGGCUCAAGCACAGGUUCAGGCUCAAGUACAGGUGCAGCCCCAGGUUCAGGCCCCAGCUGCGGUGGUUGGGACUGGCAUCCCUCUGACGUCUCCUGCUCAUACUGUUCUCAGCAGUUCACAGCAACAGCCUCAUCAAGAACAGCAACAGCAACAGCAACAACAACACCAACAGCUGCAGUUGCUUUUACAGCAGUCACAGCAGCAACAACAAGCACCUCAAACUCAAGUUCAGAAUCAAGUACAAGUACCAGCACCAGCAGUGCCCAGCCAUGCAUGCCUUACCUCGUUGUUGCAACAACACCAUCAGCCACAGCACCAACAACAACAACAGCAGCAGCAGCAGCUGUCAGCCCAACAGCAAGAACGAGAGCAACAGCGGAAUCAAGAGGAAAACCAUCUGCUGACUGACAACCCUGAAAUUAGUGCUCUAGUAACCAGUCUUAUGAACUCUGCUGACCAAUACGAACAACAACAGCAGCAACAGCAGCAGCAAGCAGCCGCAAAUGCAGCAGCGGCUGCAGCAGUGGCUGCCGCAGCUGCAGCAGCGUCUUCUUCGACGGUCAUCCCUUCUGUCGGCACGUCAAAUGCAGCACCCGGACAGCCGGCGACGAAUAAUGCGGCGAUACUCAGCCUCCUGAACAGCAAUAGCCUGACAAACUCUCAGCAGCUAAUUAACAGCAGUGUGGCAGGUUCUAGUGUUCAGCAGCAUAAGAUCCUUACGUCAAGUCCAGGAAAGAUGACUCUAGCCAAUCUGCUGAACUCGCGUCGUAUAAACCAUAACAACAUAGUGAAUAGCAGUGGUGUGUCUAUUGCUAAUGUUGUUGAGCAGAACAGUGGAGUAAUAGCCCAGCAUCAGAUGCAGGUGACUCAGACCCAGGCACAGCCUCAGCAGCAGCUACAAGUGAAAUCCUCACUUCCUGCAUUAGGAUCCCCUUCGACGUCGCAGCAGCCACAAGACUUUGCCUUGGGCAACAACAGUGGUUAUGCAAAUACAUUCACAAGUGUUCCUAUUAAUACUGCUGGAAAUGCAGGUACAAGUAAAACGGCCCCUCAGCCACAAGCAGUGACAGUCAAUCACUCAGGCAGAAUUCUCGGCACUGCUUCAUUGCCCGCUGUAGCAGCGACCAGGAGGUUAUCGAGCCAGUUACCAGCUGCCGACACAAGCUCCUCAGGAAGUACCUCCAGUGCUAGUGUAUCUGCGCCCAGUCUGCAAGCAUUGCUCGCAGGUACACCAUGUGCUGAGAAGCCGAGCCCCAACAUCACAGUCUCAUUAUUAGAAAAAAUCAACGCUUCAACUCCAGGAUCUCUUCCACCCUCGUCUCCACAAACUCCCCAGUCCCCUUAUACACCUUUACCAACGUCCAGUCCAAGUGCACUGCACUUCACAUCUCCUCCACCCAAAAUUCAGCAGCAGCAACAACAACAGUUCCUUGCACAAUCACCAUCACCAAAGACUCCAUCACAAACAUUACAGUAUUCAUCACCUUCUCCAAAGACUCCUGCCACACCUUCACCACUUUCGAGCCCCCCUCAGCCAAAUGUUAUUAGCCUCGCAAGCCUACAAGGAGCAGUGGCCAAUAUCCCUGGGUUGCAAAAUGUGCAGGUCACUAUCCCAGGCUUGCCAGCACCCAUCUCCCUCUCACUCAACGUUUCAACACCAUCUGCUCAAUCAGGCAGUGUAAUAGUUACAACCCUUCCAGUUACUACAGCAACUGCUACAUGUACCUCAAUCACAACUAUGCUUACCUCCAGUGCUGUCAACGCUUCAAACUCUGUUGGAUCUGCCUCGACAAAUUCCAGUGUGAUCCUAAACAGUCCGACUAACACCGGUCCUGUACUCUCUGUACCAGUUGCUCAGAUUAUGACAUCAGGUGUAAAAAACUUGAGCCAGCAGAAUCUUCGUACAGCCACCUCCAGUGGUUCUGUGGCCCUCACUCAGGGUGCUGGGCAACCGGCAAUACAGCUUGUUGGGAUACAGAGACCAAGAAAUGUACCUGGUGCUCAGCUAAAUGCUGCUAACAAACAGCAGCUAGCGGCUCGUGGUCUGCUCAAUGCUCAGAGGCAUACGCUGAAAGUUGCUACAUCAAAUGCUGGAGUUGGUCAUAUUGCAUCCGCAAGUCUUGCAGGAGCGACUGUGCCUGCGAACCAGGUUGUGACGAUAACAGCCCAGCAGCAGUUGCAGUACGCGCUGCAGAAGCAGCACAUACAGCUCCUGGGACAAGCUCAGCAGAAGCCCGCUGCCUUGGCAGGCCGACACAGGAGAAAAUCAAAUGCUGCUGAUCCUAAUAAAUAGUGACACUUAUGAAAUUUCUGUUCACUACCUCAGUGAUCGUUGAGGGGAGAAGCCAGAUAGAAGCAAGAGAUCUUUCUCAAUAGGUGCCUUCCCCUAGGAGCAAUUCUUGUGUAGAAAAAUUUGGUGUGCUUAUUGGAGAACAAUUAGUCAGAAACCAGUGCUGUUCGUUGCUGUUUACAAGAGUGCUUCCGUCAGUUGUUGGAGAUUGUUAUUGUAUUUGAUGAACACUUCUCUCAGGGGAGGGGAUGGGGGGCUGUUUGCCCGUAGUCUAUCACUGCUGUGUGCAAGUGUGGUCAUUUAAUGAAGUUUUUUAUAUGAAAAUUAUAUGUACAAUAUAUAUAUAUAUAUAUUGAUGUAUAUAAAUGUAUAUAUUUGAGAUUAGUGUUGUGUGUUCUGUCUAGAAAGGUGCUGAUGCCAGCGAGAUCAAAGACUCAUUAUAAAAGAAUAUCGUAUUAGAUAUUUUAUAUUUUUUACACAAUAUGUCAUAUGUAGACAUAUUUUAUUUAUUUGCCAUGAGAGAUGUGUUGUUUUAUAUCUUCCAGGAAAUGCUUAUUUCAGUAGCAACUUUGAAACUGGAAUCCUGGUUCUCAUGUAAUAAAAAUUAGCUGGCAUACAUUCCCACCUUCGUUUUUAAUAGAACUGUCCUUCACGAGACUGUUACUUGACUUUCCUUUAAAUUAUAUUAAAUUUUAUUUUUAAAGUA